AUGGUGUGGCUGAGCCUCCUCACGAACUUUGUGGUACUCUUUCCUGCCUCCGCGUGGUCUUCCGGCUGGUCCUGGAGUGCCUUGCAGGUGACAGCUGCUCCCACCGCACGGCAAGGCCAUGCUGCGGUCGAGGUCGGCCGCAAGAUCUACGUGAUCGGUGGAUGCUUGCAGGAGAUACGCUGCUACAACGAUGUUCACAUCUUCGAUACAGGCGCGCAGAGAUGGACGCAGGAGAACGUGACGGGUGACCUCCCAUCCCCACGCGGCGGCCACACGGCAACCCUUGUCGGCAGCGACAUCUUCCUGCUAGGAGGGGCCAACAGCGAGGCUCUGCGAGUUUCAGACCAUCGGGGACCUCAUCCCGAAGCCGACAUAGCGACCUUCGCGGACGCCUACCGGCUCGACCUCCUUAGGCGCCGUUGGACGAAACUGGAAGAAGGCGCCGGGCUCAGCAUGACUGCCCGUACCAGCCACGCGGCAACUGCCGAUGGAGGACGGAUCUACGUCUUCGGCGGGUAUGAUGCAGAGGGGAAGUUCUUGAAUGACAUGUGGGUGCUGCGCGCGCCGCUGUCUCCGCCCUACAGCCCGGAUGCCCCCGAGCUGGUCUCCCGGCCGCGAGCCUCCUGGACCCGGCCGGUUCCAACUGGGGAGGUGCCCUCCGGCCGGCAGGGCCAUUCCCUCACCUCCGUCGACAGGCAGCUGGUCUUGUUUGGCGGAUCCACCGCAGAUGGCUCCGAUGUCAACGAUGUCUACACGUACGACACUUCAGCUGGAAGCUGGAAACAGCUUCCCGUUGGCGGGGCAGCCCCCCUGCCGCGCAAGGCUCACAGCGCUCUGCGCCACGGACACAGUCUCGUGGUUGCUGGUGGCUGCACAUCGGCUGCCCACUGCUUCAGCGACGUCUGGCGCCUGGAUUUGGCUUCAAAAAGCUGGUCGCAGAGGAUGACAGACUCUGCCCUCCAGUGGCGCCAGCGUGAAGGCCACAGUGCUGCCUUCGUUGGCGCCCAGAUGUUCGUCUUCGGAGGAUGCCAGGUGUCGGAAUGCUUCAACGAUGUGGAGGUGCUGAACACCGAGGAGCCAUGCCCUGAUCAGUGCGGUGGGCAUGGGCAUUGUGUGGAGAACCUCUACUGCCAGUGUACGGAGCCCGGUUUCACUGGCCACGACUGCCUGCAGCCGUUGGCAUGCGCCAUGGACUGCGGUUCCAACGGAGCCUGCGGCCAGAAUGGCCGUUGCGUCUGCAGCGGCGGCUUCAGCGGCGCCACUUGCGACACGCCCCCGCGAUGCCCUGGGAGCCCUCUGCCCUGCAGCGGCCGGGGAGAAUGCCUGCCAGGGGGCACCUGCAGGUGCCAGUCCGGAGCGGCCGGGGCCGACUGCUUUGCUGAUGCGGGGCACAACCAAAGUCAGCCUGUGUCGCUUCGCUCACGGCUGGUGCAGAGCUUGCUCUCGCUUGGUGUGUCGCAAGAGCAGCCCCCUGCGAAGCACUCCGUCCACCCUGAUCCCAUCACUACGGCGGAUUUUGGCAUUGCCAAAGCCAACGAGGACGGGCAUGCGGGAGAGGAUCUCUCCCCCGACUGCGAGGACUUCUGCAACUGGCGAGGGCUUUGCGAAGCGGGCGUCUGCUACUGCCAACCGGGUUUCUCGGGGAGGACAUGCUCCAACGCCAAGGAGAACACCGAGGGAACUGUGAACAUCCUUGGUACAGGGCUCUUUGUGGGCAGCGGCUUCGUGGCCUCUCUGGCCACCACCUUGGCGAUGCUCUCCGCGCAGAAAGGGCAGAAGCGUGCCAAGGAGCGCGAGGCAGGCUACAACAUCUAA